AUGUUCCCAGCCACUAUUCAGAAACAAAAUAAAAUACUUGAGUACAAGUCCGGGGGAAUACCCUCCGAUCCCGUACCGCGUAAUGGCGCCACGACUGUGCCUCGUGUGGAUAAUCAAGGAUAUUUGAUUUCCAUUGUUUUUCUCUUCGUUACUUACAAAAUUGUCCUAUAUCCACUAUUCAAGCCGGCGGCCAAGGUAUUCCCAGAAAUGUACAAAGUCGCAAAAGUACGGCGUAGCUGCAGGGACCGGCAAAUAGGUACAAGUGAAGGACUCGAUAUGCUUGACUGUCUUUGA